AUGGCCAACGGAAUCGACAGGCUCGAACGCCUGUUUUCCAAAAAGAAGCAUGCUGCAGCGUCCCGUGAGCGGCAGCAGCAGCAGGCAGCCGACUAUGCACCACCAUCCACCUCCUACUCAUCUCGCUUCGCGCUCCGCAAAGUAUCCGCUGCUGCCGCGUCCCCUUCCUGGCCUACCCGCCACUCGCCUCUGAACGACAUGCACUUCCCGCAGCCGUCCUUUAUCCGCCCAAAGGCCGCAAGAAUGGUUCCCCGCGACGACCACGCUCCCACCUCGCUCUCGCGUCCUGGCACGGCCAAUCGCAGCAUGAGCGCGCCGGACGGCCAGCCCGCUCUGCCGGCCCUGUCUCUCUCUGGGUCUACAACAGCGACAUCGUCAGCAUCAACGCGAGUCGUUGCACCGCCGCGGAGUGCUGGUGGUCCCACAGCACGUAGCCCGCAUGGGCCCCCGGUUGCCUACACGACGCAGGCGAGGUCCAUGUCCGUCACGUCGCCGCACCGUCGCACGUUUGACAGCCGUCGCAGCAGCAGCUCUAUGAACUACAACUACUGCAGCACAUCCGCCACCCUUAGCAGCAGCGGCAGCAGCACCAUGAGCAGCAGUACGCACACCAGCUGCACCAGCAGCACUUGUCAUCCCAAUCGCCGCUCUUCCUUUGUCGAGACCAACUGUGAGCUCAGCGACGCUGCUGCCCGUGCCGUUCCCAACAACGGCCGUGUUCUGGCGAGUGUCAACGUCCAGCGCCUGCCCAGGCGGUCGUCUUCUCUUCUGCAGCGCCGCGACGUCUUUGUCUCGCCCCUCGCCAACCUGGACACCUACCAGAUCUCGAACCAGGGCCGCUGUGACUCUGUCGCCAUCACCACCAGCUCCGGCGAGGCCAGCCCGGCUACCGUCCAGGCCACGCCCAUUAUCCCGUCGUCGUCCCCUGACUCGCCCGGCCUGGCCCAGGACGAGCAGGGACGUCCGCAGCAGCAGCGGGAACACGACGAACAGCCCAAGAUCAAGAUCCAGGGCGACGAGCUACAUGAACUGCGCGAGCUGCAAGGCCUCCAUGACCUGCAGCACACGCCUCCUCUGAAAGAUCUGCAGCAGCCGCUGUUUUUCUCUGUUGCCCAGCAGCAGCAGCAGCAGCGCCAGCAAGACGAUCGUACCGACUCGCCGCUGCCGUUGUCUGCCUACGAGGAGGAGCUUAUUAAAGCCGAGGACGUGCCGUUGCCACCCUCUCCCAAGCCGUCUGAGCUGCCCAUCUUUACCGAGACGCCGCUACUCCGCCGCGAUUCGGUCUUUUCAUCCAUCGUCCUGCCUCAGCAGAACGUCGGCCCGACUACAGCAACAACAACAUCCUCUGCGUCUGCGGUCUCGGCUUGUCACCGGUCCCGCCUCGCUCGCCGCCCCAUGUCGCUCCGCUACCAGCGCCACCUACCCAUUGAGCCGAAGCCGUCGUCGCCGAACUCUGUGCUCAUGGAGCCCGACUUGGGUGACUUCUUGACCCUCAGCGACGACGAUAUCGCGGAGGACGUGGCUGCUGCUGCUGCUGCUGCCGCCGCCGCCGCCGCGACUGCUGAGGACAAGGAGAUUGCUCAAGAGACAAGAACGCCCCGUGCCUCGGUCAUCACCGCUGUCCCUGCUGCCACCGAAAACGUCUCCUCUGCCUGUGCGCGGCCAGAGACGCCACGGCAGGCCAAGAGCACCCUGGCUCUCCAGAAGCCGCUGCCGCCUGCGCCGUCCGACAACACCACUCCCACUGCUACGUCGUCGCCGCCUGUGUCGCCGACGUCCCUGGCCCGCAGACGCGCUCUAGCCGCCGCCGCUCCUUCUCUCCCGCCUGCCUUCCAGGCACCGCCUCCUGCUUUCCUGUCACUGCUGCCUGGCAUGCCACUGCUGCCCUCGCCCAUGGCGGUCACACCCACCUCGGUGACUGCCAACGCUCGUCCCCGGACGCCGGCUGGUGAGGCCCGCAUGGCGGCUGCCUUUGAGAUUGCGCGCAUUGCCUCCCAGUACAAGUUUGACCUAGCCUACAUUGCCACCAUCUGGCCCAAGAACAUGGCUGUGUCCGCGGCAGCCGCCCAGCCGCAACCGCAGUCCAUUGGCUGGCCCUCGUCGCCAUCGUCGCCGUCCUCGCCGUCGACUGCGGCGAAGCUCAUGUCCCGCACCAAUAGCCAGACCAGCAGCCGCCCGCCGCUGAGCGGCCGCGGCGCCAACCGCGCCAGCCAUGUGAGCCAAGGCAGCCAGUCCAGCACCCACAGCAACAGCAGCAGCGGCAGCAUCAAGCAGAGCGGUGUCUUCUCGCCCGUCGGUAUGCGCCAGUCCAAGCUCGAGGCGCAGUUCCUCGCUGCCUACGGACUGGCCACCGUCCGCGCGCCUUACAGCCUGUCGGCGCCAACGCACGCCAAGAUUCUGAAUUCAGAGCGCUGGCUUGAGUUCAGCGAGCCCGACGCCCAGCCCGAGGAGUUCUCGCGCGGCUAUGGCUGUGCCUUUUACCGCGGUCGCGCCGCUGUGAACCCUACCGUCUCUGCCACGCCGGUGACGCAGCAGCGCUACCAGUGCCGCCCGUCGACGGACGACUGCGACGCCGACACGGAGCAGGACGCCCGCGCUGCGGUGCCCCGCCCGCGCCGCAAGGUGUCCACGUCGUCCUCUUCUUCUUCGUCGUCGUCUUCGUCCUCUACAGCCAACAACCGCGGCAUCGUCUUCGUCGCCUACCGCCGCAAGGAGCUCGUCGACGAGCGUGCCCGCCGCCAGGACAAGGACGACCUCGAGGCCUUGUACCGCGAGGUCGAGGCUCUCGUCGACAAGAUCCUGGAUGUGCACAUGCAGCAGCAGCGCCAGGCGCAGCUCGAGACGACACAGCCGCAGACGAUGGCCCAGCGUGCACUGCUUCCCGACGUGGAGGACGCGCUGGCAGCGGGCUUCCCCGGCGCCGGCGCCGCCUGCACCCUGCGCCAGUCGCGUUUCCUCGGUGUGAAAGCGGCCUAG